AUGCUGGUCUCUGUGCUGGUCCCUGUGCUGGUGUCUGUGCUGGUUCCUAUGCUGGUCCCUGUGCUAGUAUCUGUGCUGGUUCCUGUGCUGGUUCCUAUGCUGGUCCCUGUGCUGGUCCCUGUGCUGGUCUCUGUGCUGGUUCCUAUGCUGGUCCCUGUGCUGGUCCCUGUGUUGGUCUCUGUGCUGGUUCCUGUGCUGGUCCCUGUGCUGGUCUCUGUGCUGGUCCCUGUGCUGGUCCCUGUGCUGGUCUCUGUGCUGGUUCCUGUGCUGGUCCCUGUGCUGGUCCCUGUGCUGGUCUCUGUGCUGGUCUCUGUGCUGGUCCCUGUGCUGCGCUAUGCAAUCCAGAAGGGCGUGAAUGGUCGCGUUAGGAAGGUGACAGUCUGGGGCUCAAAGGAGGACAGCAUCUACCGUCACUCCCCUGAAGCUGGCGGGACCACAAUGCAACAAGCUCUGGAAUAUGCAUUGGAUCGAGCCGAGUACAUUGUUGAAAGUGCUCGACAAAGACCAGCCAAAAAAAGAACAUCGUCCGGAGGGAGGAAGAGUCUGUAUCAGAAACUUUAUGAGCUGUACAUAGAGGAAUGUGAGAAGGAGCCAGAGCUGAAGAAUUUAAGAAGAAAUGUGAAUCUACUGGAGAAGUUGGUGUCUCAGGAAUCCGUGUCGUGUUUGGUGGUGAACCUUUACCCUGGGAACGAAGGCUACUCGCUCAUGCUCCGAGGCAAGAAUGGCUCUGACUCAGAAACGAUCCGACUGCCAUAUGAAGAAGGAGAACUGCUGGAGUAUCUGGACGCAGAGGAGCUGCCUCCGAUUCUGGUGGAUUUGUUGGAAAAGUCCCAGGUGAACAUCUUCCACUGUGGCUGUGUGAUCGUGGAGGUCAGAGACUACAGACAGUCGGGGAAUACCAAGAUGCCUACGUAUCAGAGCAGACACAUCCUGCUCAGGCCAACCAUGCAGACCCUGAUCUGUGACGUCCACGCCAUGACCAGUGACCACCACAAGUGGACACAGGAUGACAAGCUGCAGCUGGAGAGUCAGCUGAUCCUGGCCACCGCGGAGCCUCUGUGUCUGGACCCCUCCAUCUCCGUCACUUGCACCGCCAACCGGCUGCUCUACAACAGGCAGAAGAUGAACACACGUGCCAUGAAACGGUGUUUCAAAAGGCAUUCUCGCGCUGCGCUGAACCGGCAGCAGGAGCUCUCCCACCUCCCCGUCCCUCCACAACUGCGGCUCUAUGACUACCUCCAGAAGAGGAAGGAGAGGAAGCCUGCUCCUGUCAUAGACCUCAAAAUCUCCAAAGUGGGAAACUGUGUGGAUAUGUGGAAGCAAAACAACUGCCAAUUAACUGUGCCCAAGGAAAUCGAUGUCGAAAAAUAUGCAGUGGUGGAGAAAUCUUUGCAGCUGGAGGACUCUCAGCCGACGACUGUGAUCUGGCCUGCUCAGGAAGUUGUCGACGAUUACACGUUUGAGUGUGAAGUCGGGGGACAAGCCAAGAAGACCAAGGUGUCCAUUUUCCAGUCGAUGGGAGACCCGCUGGUGUACGGCAAGAUCUACUGUGCUAAAGAACCAAAGGCCGAAGAGGACAGCACCGACCUUAAGCUCAUCCACCCGCCAUUUCUCAUAGGAUCAAAAAUAGAUGCCGAUCGGUUUCUAAAUCAGUACAAAGGUGUUUACGAAAGGGACGUGAAAUGUGACGUGAAGAUGUCCCAUAGCUCGGGCAGUGUGGGUCCGGGGCCGCCCUCCCCCAGCAAAGACAAUGAGGGCGAUAGUUUUUCUGCUCUGGUCCAGACGUCUCUGUUGGGAAAAGGGGUGAGGCACAAACCUCCUCCAAUCAAAAUGCCUUCCGGAUCAGGGAGCAGCUCCUCAGGUAAUAAUCCAUAUAGUUCUCAAAAUACCAGUGGUCUUCUUAAGUGCCCUACGCCGCCUCCAGCCAAAAGCCAGUCUCUGAACAGGAAGCACUCCAUAGAGUUGGGUCAGAUGGGCCUUUUGUCUCCCGCCUCCCUCUCCCCCAUGGGCUCCACGCAGAGAUCAGGAACCCCAAAGCCAUCCACGCCCACCAACACGCCCUGCUCCACGCCUCACCCCGCCGACGCCCUCAUGGCCCCUCUCUCCGUUACCCCCACUCCCCCCGACCCCCCCCUGCUGCAGAGCCCCCCUGCCCUCCUGCCUUUCGCCCAGCAGCAGCUCGCACUGAGCCAGCCGCUGCCCGUCAUGACCAUCCCGCUGCCCACCAUGGGGACCUCCAUCACCACCGGCACCACCUCGUCCCAAGUCAUGGCCAACGCCGGACUCAACUUCAUCAACGUGGUCAGCUCUGUCUGCAGCCCGCAGACGUUAAUGAGCGGCUCCAACCAGAUGCUGGGUCCAGGGCUGGGUCCAGGGCUGAACCUGAGCAGUCUGCUGCCCUCUGGAGGCCUCAUGUCGCCUGCAGGACAGUCCGGAAAUGCUUUCAGCUUAAACAGCGGUGCGAGUUUGAGACCACUGAAUCUGCUGCAGAUCCCCACCGGUCCUCUCAUCUUUAACUCCCUUCAGCAGCAGCAGUUGCCUCAGUUUUCCCCUCAGCAGAGCCAGUCCGCAACGUCCAGUCCUCAGCAGCAGGGGGAGACGGGCGACCAAGGCACAGAUCAAAGUUUAGCAAACCAGCAGACGGCCGUCAUCAACCUGGGAGUGGGCAGCUUCAUGUCGUCUUCAGCCGCAGUUCUGUCCCAGUUGGGCUGUGGCCUGGACGGCUCGGGGCCCCAGCUGCCUUCUCAGAGGCUUCAGCAGCAGCACCAGCCCCAGAUCCAAUUACAAUUCUUGCAGCACCAAAUGCAGCAGCAGCAAAUGGCUUUGGGGGCGGGGGCUCCUCCGGGGGGGGGAGCACAAAGGCCUCAUACCGCCACUCAGCCAAGAAGUAAGAGGAAGAGGAGCACGCCACAGCCGCUACCCAAGACAUGA